UGGACGAAUCGUUUCCAAAAGCAUAGUACAGUUCAGGACGGACAUCCCAGUAAAGUAGAUCUUUCAGUGUUCGAUAGUGCUCCCGUUGUUCCAAAACUCUAAACAAUCAACAUGAAGUUCGUCGUUGUUAUUGCUCUGGCUCUGCUGGCGAUGGUCGCUGCCCAGGAUUCCCAGUACACCACCAAGUACGACAACAUCGACGUGGAAGAGAUUCUGCGUUCGGACCGUCUAUUCAACAACUAUUACAAAUGCCUAAUGGAUGAGGGUGUCUGCACACCAGAGGGCAACGAACUGAAGCGGGUGCUGCCGGAAGCGUUGGAGAACAAAUGUGCCAAAUGCAGCGAGAAGCAGCGCGAAACGAGUACCAAAGUGAUCAACAAUCUGAUGGAGAAUCGCCCGGAACAGUGGAAAUCGUUGAGAGCCAAGUACGACCCCGACAAUAAGUAUGCGUAAGCGGCGGGCGAUCACGAAGAACGGCAAAUCUUUCACUUAAUGUAGCAUCAUUGGUCUGAACUGUUUAGGAAGAAUGAAAUAAAGCAAAAUAUUCCCACUGCA